UGGAAUUGUGGGAGUUGUAUCUGUCCCUCGGCUGUCUGGGGCAAGCCGAAGGAAAGUUCCUGGAGGAGUCUUGUUUACACAGGGUCCAGAGCCCUCCUUGAGUCUUGUCUGAGUUGAGCAGAAGAGCACUUGCAAGCCCGCAGGGUCUCUUCCCACUUGCACCCCCAGCAGCAGCUCUGGGCUGUUGUGAGUGGGCUGCUGAGAGCAUUCAGCCUCUAUUCAAGGAGAGGCCUCUAACCAUGCCUUCCUGGGGCCUUCCCCCAUCUAGGAUGGCUCCUCUGGGUCUGCUGCUGGGUUUGCUCAUGGCCUCCUGCUUUACCUUCUGCCUCGGUCAUCAGAACGUGGGGUUUGCGCUAACCAACCCAGAGAAGAGCGUCACUGAAGAAUCAGAGAAAAAGGAUACGAAAGUGGAGGAAGAGCUGCAGCCUGAGAUCCUGGAGGUGUUUCACCCUACCCAUGAGUGGCAGGUCCUUCAGCCAGGUCAGGCCGUUCCUGCAGGGUGCCAUGUGCGAAUGAAUCUCCAGACUGGGGCAAGAGAAGCAAAGCUUCAAGAUGAGGACACACCCCAAAGUAAUUUGAAAGUGUCAAGAAAAAGCAAAAGGUUGGACAUUAACACCAACACCUACACAUCUCAGGACCUCAAGAGUGCGCUUGCAAGGUUCAAGGAGGGGACACAGAUGGGGAGUUCAAAGGAAGACAAGGCGAGGCAGGCUGAGGUCAAACAACUCUUCCGCCCCAUUGAGGAGCUGAAGAAAGACUUUGCAGAGCUGAAUGUUGUCAUCGAGACUGACAUGCAGAUCAUGGUACGACUGAUCAACAAGUUUAACAGUUCCAGCUCCACCUUGGAAGAGAAGGUUGCUGCGCUAUUUGACCUCGAAUAUUAUGUCCAUCAGAUGGAUAAUGCACAGGACCUGCUUUCCUUCGGUGGUCUUCAAGUGGUGAUCAAUGGGCUGAACAGCACAGAGCCUCUGGUGAAGGAGUACGCUGCCUUUGUGCUGGGGGCAGCCUUUUCCAGCAACCCCAAAGUCCAGGUGGAGGCCAUCGAGGGGGGCACCCUGCAAAAGCUGCUGGUCAUCCUGGCCACUGAGCAACCUCUCACUACCAAGAAGAAGGUGCUGUUCGCGUUAUGCUCGCUGCUGCGGCACUUCCCCUAUGCGCAGCAGCAGUUCCUGAAGCUCGGUGGCCUGCAGGUGCUGCGGGGCCUGGUGCAGGAGAAGGGCUCCGACAUGCUGGCCGUGCGCGUGGUCACGCUGCUCUACGACCUGGUCACUGAGAAGAUGUUUGCAGAGGAGGAGGCCGAGCUGACCCCGGACACGUUCCCUGAGAAGCUGCAGCAGUAUCGGCAGGUGCACCUCCUGCCCAGCCUGCAGGAGCAGGGCUGGUGUGAGAUCACGGCCCACCUGCUGGCCCUGCCUGAGCACGACGCCCGCGAAAAGGUGCUGCAGACGCUGGGUGCCCUCCUGCCCACCUGCCGGGACCGCUACAAGCAGGACCCCGAGCUUGGCAGGACACUGGCCAGUCUGCAGGCCGAGUACCAGGCUCUGGCCACGCUGGAGCUGCAGGAGGGCGAGGAUGAUGGCUACUUCCGGGAGCUGCUGGGCGCCAUCAGCAGUUUGCUGGUGGAGCUGAGAUGAGGAGGCCCCAGAGCCGCAACGUGACUGAGUGUGGCCAGUGCGAUAGGCAGAGGAGGGAGGUCUGUGGACAUCACCCAGGCAGUGGUGGCUUGGCAUUAAAUCGGGCAU